UAUCAUAGGAACUUAAAAUGAAAGUUUUGAUUUGGAAUAGAGAUAAAAAUUAUUUUGCAUUGGAACUAUUUUCCCGCUGUGCAUCGCUUAUUUCCAUUCAACGUUUAUUGAGUUCAACUCUGGAAUCGCAGAAUACGCAACAGGUGUAGCAAGUAUGACUGGAAGCUCACUCACACAUCAACAAACACACGUGCUCAAGUUUGACAUCUCCUUGGAUUACAAAAACAUCUUCGGCCAAAACAAAUUCGUCUAUGCUAUCCCAGCAGAAGAAAGUGUAAAUGGUGUAAAUUGUCUUAGUCAUGGUCCAUCGAAUGGUAUCUUGCCUCCGCCGUAUGAUGUAAAAAUGUUUACAAACGCGGGACCGAGAACGCAAAAAGAGAUAGCUUAUCAGCUGCGAGUUUGAGACAUUAAAUAGUUUAGGUGAUCGAAAGCUGCAAACACAAUCUUCCUAAUUAAAGCGCCGAAUCGCAAACGAAACAGCUCAGUUCAUAGCAUCGGUUUGAAGAGUGAGGAACGGUCAAUCGUUAUCGUUGCGUUGCUUAUCAUCAACGCUGAUAGUGAAGGGAAAACAUACAACAUCACACUCGAGCCCCCCAGCAGACCAAAUUCAAAUAGGUAUAGGUGACAGUAGCCCAGAACAAGCGCAUGAUUGCCACAUUCUGACGCAAUCCACCCGUCCAGUUUGCAUCGUGGUCAGUAACAGCAUUGGAGGCAUAAGAAUUCAAUUUGCGACUGUAGCAAAACAACCCCGAAGUGUGUUCGUUCGAGUUGAUAAGCCUGUUAUCUCGCAUGGCUAACUUCCAUUGAGAAGUGUGCUUGGUUUGGUGGGACGGUGCGCAGUUACUGCCGUGUCGCGUGAUCCCGUGUUUGCUAUGCUGUUUGAAUAGAUAACCAUCAAGGACUGCCAAACAAUUCCUGCUGGAAAACAAGUCUAGUUUACGACGAAGUCAACAAAUAAUACACUACGCACGAUUGGGAAAACGUAGAAAAUGCACGGAAAAAGUGAAGCAGGUUUUAAGACGGGGCUGAUUGAUUUCACCGCUGGUUCUUUAGGCGGUGUAGCCCUGGUAUACGUUAGCCAACCGAUGGACACCGUGAAGGUGAAAAUGCAAACAUUCCCGCAUCUGUACAAAAACAUGAUCGACUGCACGAUAGGAACCUUCAAGCGGGAUGGCUUUGUGCGGGGUCUCUACGCGGGUACGGUUCCAGCCAUCGUGGCGAAUGUUGCAGAAAAUUCGGUAUUAUUUGCCGCGUACGGAGCGUGUCAGAAUGUGGUCGCGUUGGUGGCGCGAAAGCAAUCAGUGGCAGAGCUGUCGGCGCUGGACAAUGCCACGGCUGGCUUUCUCGCUGCAUUUUUCUCCUCAUUCACCCUCUGUCCGACGGAGUUGAUCAAGUGCAAACUGCAAGCGCUCAGAGAGGUACAGGCACACAAUCUCAAGCCAAACGAAAAAUUGCCCAAAAUUUCACCCUUCCAACUCACAAAACAAAUCCUGCGAUCCGAAGGUAUACCGGGAAUGUUCCGAGGGUUGUCUUCGACCUUUGCCCGCGAGAUGCCGGGUUAUUUCUUUUUCUUCGGUGGUUACGAAGCAUCCAGAGAGUUGAUGGCUAAACCGGGUCAAUCAAAAGACGAUAUCGGUCCCAUAAAGACAAUGGUAGCUGGGGCAGUCGGUGGUGUUGCGCUGUGGACAUCCAUCUUCCCUGCGGACGUAAUCAAGAGCAGAAUACAGGUGCAGAGUUUAACGCUCAGUAUGACUCAGGUGGGGAUCGACAUACUCCGGAAGGAAGGACCGCUAGCGUUCUACAACGGGCUGCAACCCACAAUCGUUAGGACAAUUCCCGCGACCGCGGUCCUGUUCGUUGUUUACGAGUAUACGAAAAAGUUUAUGGCCGAACUUUUUAUUUAGUGUGUGUAUGUGUGAGUUUUUAUUUAAUGUUCAUCGCAUUUGUUCAAGUUUGAGUCAGAGAUGCCGCGUUUAAGCAUAGCCACAUUCUCGUGUAAAGCAUUUAUUCGUUCGAUUUUACUGGUCGCCAAAACGAGAGUGCUACGGAAUACAAUGGUCAUAAAAGCACAAUGCAUUAUUAUCAACACCGUAACGUAUAUUUUGCCCAAGGAAUUUCUUCGAAAGCCUUGAUUCGCGAUGAAUUUAAGACUGAAACCCACUUAACUAGUUACACCUUCGGUAUAAGCAAAAUUCGAAAUAAUCACUCCUAUUCCGGAACCCGAUCGGAUUUUUAAAUUAGCACGAUGUUGCAUUCGACGAGAUCGACUUUUGCAUUCUGCAACUAGAACGAACGAAAUCCACCCCAACAUUCUAAAAUCCGCCCGAGAUUCAAACUCAAUCGACAUAUGCAAAAUUGGAAACAUUGGAUCCUACUAUAGAAAUCGAGUCAAUAAGAAUUUUGCACGUUAGCUCUAUUUUACUAUUAUACGGCAAGUUAGAUUUAAUCCGGCAUCUAGCUAAUUGAACAGACCUGUAAAUGCGACACGUUUAAUUGGACACUGUUGCAAACAUCGAGUUCGGGGCCCAAAUUAUGGCCCCACAUUAAAAAUCGUCGUCGACACUGUAACACUCUAAUCGAAAAUGUCCAUUUGCAGGGGUGGCAUUGCGCAUUUCGAAACGAGUAAUUCGUUCCGAGAAAAUUCGAACUCAGAUCGAAUUGGUUUUAGUAUUAUGUAUCUUUUUCAAGUUAAUAUUUUCGGUGUACUAGAUUUAGAGCAAAAUUUGUCUCGUAGAGAAAUGUAAAAUUUUUGGGUUCGUAUAAAAAGCUAAGUCGAAGUGGUCGAAACGAACAUAACUCGCUCGUUUCGAAAUGCGCAAUGUCACCCCAGGUCAAAAUCGCCUCCAAUGUGACACUGAGCGGUGCCUCGGCAUGUCGUAUUAAAUGCAAAUUACUGUAGAUACCGAGCAAGUCGAUAGCAUCGAUCGAGUGAAAGCUAUCAAUGCAAAUGUCAGAAUUUUUUAAGUUAUUUGGUUUGCUUGUCACAUACCUUCAGAGAAAUGUAUUAUUUUGGUUUGCGUCCCUGAUAUUUUCCUUUGGGAAACAUUUCAGAAACGCUUAAAUAUAUGCAAUCGCAACACAUGAAAUUCGAGCUCGGUACGAGAUUAUCUCAAUUUACGAAAUACGAGAUUUUGCUCGAUGUGAUAGUGAUAGUGAAUCCUCGAUUCGAUUUGUAUAAUAGGGCCCCUUAUUCCGAUUUACACGCAACUGUAAACAUUUGGUAGAACUCGUAAAAUUCAUUAUGGGCCCUAUUAUAGAAAUCGAAUCGAGGAUUCGAUACAAUCACUAUCAUUAUCACACCGAGUAAAAUCUGGGAUUACAGAAAUCGAGGAAAACGGCUCGAUUCGUUACUCUGCUCGAAUGUCAGUGACGGUGUUGGAAUAUUUUGAAACGAGUUUGAAAUGUUUCACAAAGCACUAUAGAAAGGAUGCCAAAUCUUUUUUUUUGGGACACCUGCUAUGAAAAUUAUAAAUAUCUAUAUUUUCGAAAGUGUAAUAUAGUCAUGUUUUGGAAAAACUGAUAUUUCCUCAACGAAUAAAGCUUAAUAGGCGUAAUGCAUGCAUGGAUGUGUAACAAAAACGACAUCAUGGAACAAUUUGCUUUACAAAAAAUAUAAUUAUUAGAAAAUGAACUUUUUCAUGUAUUUUCACACCGGCCACCAUAUAAAGAUCUCUGCUGUUUGGUAGAUUUGGAUACUGUCAGCAGCAUGCACAAAAAGGCAGACAUAGGGCCCUAUUAUAGAAAUCGAAUCCAGGAUUCGAUACAAUCACUAUCACUAUCACACCGAGUAAAAUCUGGAAUUAUAGAAAUCGAGGAAAACAGCUCGAUUCGUUACUCUGCUCGAAUGUCAGUGGCCAUGCUGAAAUACUUUGAAACGAGUUUGAAAUGUUUCACAAAGCACUAUAGAAAGGAUGCCAAAUCUUUUUUUGAGACAUCUGUUAUGAAAAUUAUAAAUAUCUAUAUUUCCAAAAGUGUCAAUAUGGUUAUGUUUUGGCGAAAACUGAUAUUCCCUCAACGAAUGAAGCUUAAUAGGUAUAAUGCAUACAUGGAUGUGUAAUAAAAACGACAUCAUGGAACAAUUUGCUUUACAAAAAAUACAAUUAUUAGAAAAUGUUUAAAAUUAGAAUGAAGAAAAUAAAAAUGAAAAAUCAUGUAUUCUCACAACUGCAAUCUAUGAAAUUCCGUAAAAAGUCACGCAUGAAUUCCACUUUUUUAGCAAAACAAUUUUGUUGCAUGUGAUUCUCUUUUAGCGUCGAUUUCUUGUUGUAGCGGCGUCAAUAGCUUUAUUGUAUUGGGUACCACCUGUGGCCCUAAAUUCUCGCUUAUAUUGUGCUAGUGUUUCCUUUACCCUUCACAUCAGGUCAAUUCAAAUCUAUAAUUAAAAAAAUCAUUAUUGUUUUGCAAGACAUUUCAGCUUUAGCAUAUGGUAUAGAAAGUUUGGUACAGUAUAGCAAUAAAAAAGAAAAUUUCUGACAUAAGUAACACGUAAUAAUGUACGCUAGCAGGAAUAAGCAAUUUUUGACAGGAAAUUUGGUUGAUAGUAAUUCAAAGAAUAUGAUAAAAUUUACUUAUGAGGUUAUAUGUAUCGUAGAAGAAACACUUUCUGCCAUUCUGAACCAAGACGUAAAGGGUGUGUCACAUCAAAUUGCAUCACGGAAAAAACGCUGUAGAAAUUCGCCCAGUAGACCGAUCCUUUUGAAAUU